UCGGGUGCUCGAUGUUCCUGAGAGUUUAGAAACUUUUUUAAAAAAAAGUUUGUCUGGCGGAGGUGCGGUCUGGCCGGUUCCUGUCGAAAUAGCAGCGAUUGGAGAUGUCUUCAAAAUCCUGCGAGGAAAGGAAAGGGGGCGUGUGUGAUCCGAUGUGGAUAAGUGUGCGGGCCAGUUAUUGUCAAAGGAGAUCUGUCACAUCCUGACAGGGAGUGGGGCUGGGAGCAGCAAGCGCCCGGGACAGUGGGAGGAGAAGGUGGAAGUUGUCUGAGGGGCUGCAAGCUUGUUUGGGAGUGGGUUCUGUGAGGAAGGGGAGAAGGGCAUGGAGGGUCAGGAAGAGUGCAAACUGAGCGUUUGGCUGUGCCAGGAAGAGAAGCUGGUCUCGGGGCUUACCAGGCGGACCACUUGCGCCGAUGUGGUCGCCGCUUUGCUGGAGGAGAGCCGGCGGAGCGGGAGCCCGGCUCUGUCCGGGGAGCCGUCCUCCUACUGCCUGGUGGAGAAGUGGAGGGGCUUCGAGCGGACCCUGCCGGACAAGACCAGGAUCCUCAGGCUGUGGAACGCCUGGGGAGACGAGAGGGAGAGGGUCACCUUCGUGCUGCUGAAGAGCCAGGCGGCGGCGGCCGGAGGAGGAGCAGGGGGUCCCCGCAGCGCCGAGGCCAAGGUGGUCCUGAGCCAAGGGGGAGCGUCCCUGCGGGGCCCGGCUCGCCUUACCCUGGCACUGCCCCACGACAAGCAGAGGCGGGUGGUCCGCAAAGCGUUCCGCAAGCUGGCCAAGCUCAACCGGGCCAAGAGGAAACGGGGAGCACCCCCCGGGUCCGGGGCCGACACCAUGGAGACCCUGGUCCACCUGGUCCUCUCUCAGGAUCACACCCUCCGCCAGCAGGUCCACAGGAUCCGGGAGCUGGACAGGGAGAUCGAGCGCUACGAGGGUAAGAUCCACCAGGACAGGAUGAGGAGGCACGGGGUCAACUAUGUGCAGGACACCUACCUGAUGGACCCCCCGGAGGAGGAGCAGGAGCAGGAGCAGGAGGUCACCCCGAGCUGCCCGGAGUUCCCCCGCCUCCAGCGGGAGCUGUCCCGGCGCCACGAGCAGCUGCAGCGCCUCCACCUGGAGCUAGAGCAGGAGCUGAGGAGCCGCCGGGAAGAGCCCGAGUCCCAACCCAGCUCCGGGGAUGACCCCCUCCUGGAGCAAGAGAGGCUCCGCACCCAGCUCAGCGCCAGCUUCUACAUCGGCCUGAGGCUGGACACCGACCUGCAACUGUGCAGGAAGCAGCUGGCCGCUAGCCAGAGGCUGUGCGAGCAGAAGCACAGCGAGCUGCACGGCCUGCUGGAGCAGCUCAACUCGCUGAGACUGGACGGGGAGCUGCAGCAGGAGGAGGAGGAGGAGGAGGAGAGGACAUGCCUCCAAGCCAGUGACCCUCAGGACACCCCCGCCCUGGACAGCAGCAACGUCUGGCUUGACCCCGGAGGUGUGUCCACAAGCUGCCAGGCCCCUGAUGAAGACUCGGACACUGGCCUGAGCUCCAUGAACAGUCAGGAUUCUGACAGCAUCCCAGUCUCCGAGUCUCUGGUAUAGCGUCUUCGGUACCGGCAAGGGACAAGAAGCACAGUCUCAGGGACAGCCAAGCUGUGAGCAAUGAGUUAUUAACGGGGGAAAAUUCAUCCACACAAAUUUCACGAUGGGAGGAUAUAUUUCAAAUGAUGUUUACUUCCCUUAAUAGAACGGCACUGUAAUGAAACAAAUUGUAAUAAAUGUAACCCUUUUUCGUUUGCAAACUGCUGCUUGAUGUUGACCAGGUUUUCUGAUGUAUGUCCAGCGGUUAAUAGUCAAAAAACUAACUGAAGCAAGUAGCAGGGCCGGUUUAGAAUAGCGGUAACAUCACUGGGCUAGUAAUCUCAAACCUAGGCUAGCAUGUUGUGGGAGUACGGUGGUGUAGUGGUGAAGUUAGAACCCUGUAUUCUGAUCCCCUUUAACUCCUGUCACCUUCGGUACAAUUUGGUUAUAGUAGCCCUCAACUUCCUAACCAGGAUUUUGUUUAUUUUUAAAGUUUUUUCCACCGCGUUCAAAACAUUUGUAAAAUGCUUCAUUCUGAUUAUCACAAGCGGUUGUAAUGUGGGAUUCAGAAAGGCUUUAAGUUCAUAGCAUUCAAGCGCUUAUCAUUUAAGUGUUUAUCAGCUUUCGAUAUGUUUGAGUGAAAGCAAUAGAAACAUAUCCUAUUACCACACCCCAGACCCGCGCCAACCACACACUGGCCUGGGAAUUCGAGGGCGAUCCCAUCACUAACCCUUCAGUAAGUGAAGGGAUUGCCACCCCCAAAACAUGUCUAGCUCAAAGUGUAAAUCUACAUUCUUAAAAACGGAGGUAUCAAGGGGCAAAAUAGGAUUUCAAGGAUAAUACCAGAACGGAGAGAUUGUAGUUAGUAAAAUUAAAAGGGACAGGCUGAGGUUCUCCUUAUGAUAGAGAAGACUGAGACUCCAAGACAUAGAAGCAGAAGUAGAUUUCUAAGAUCAUGGCUGAUCUGAUAAGUCUCAACCCCAGUUUCCUGCCUUUCCCCCCAUAACUUUUGCCUUAGUUACUAAUUCAAAAUCUGUCUCUGAUUAAUUAAUGACCCAGUCUAUAUAGUGCUUCACUGUUACAAUUCUACAAAUUCCUUCAGUUGGUGCCCUCUGGUUCUAGGCUUUCCCACACAAUGAAACAACUUUUCCAGUUAAACCCAAAAAUAUUGUACAUUUCAAUUAAGUCUCUCAUUCUCCAAUGAGUACAAGCCCAACUAACUCAAUGUCUCCUCAUAAGGAAAUCCCUCCUUAUCCAGGAUGAGCCAAGUGAACAUUUUAUGGACGACCUCCAAUGCAAAUUUACCUUGCCUUAGAUCAGUGGGCCAAAAGUGUUCACAUGGUAACUUAAUAGUGAUACUUACAAUGUGGAAUAGGUAGGCUUAACAAUAAUAUUACCACUUGUUUGCAAACCAAAAGUAAGGAGCCAUGACAGUCACCAAUAUAUCCCAAUAGGAAGUUCAGGAAAAAUCUGAUCUAGAGAGUGUCAAGAAUGUGAGCGGAAUAGUGUAAAAAAAUGUAAAAAUAAAAAAUAUUAAUACACAGGCUUCAACAUGAGGGAGAAAGAAAUGGAAUGUUUUGAUGGGGUGAAAUGAAAAUGUGGAAGCUCAUGUGGAAUGUAAGCACCAUUGUGGAAAGUUGGGCAGAAUAACCAGGUUCUGUGCUUUGUAACAGUUUACAAUUCCACAAGAUGUUGACUUUUCUGUGAACGCUGCAAAAGCUGCUGAAUACAUAGAAAAGAUACAAUGCACUAGAUAAUUAACAUCGCCUUCUCUGUGUUAAAUGGCUUGUGCAUAAUUCUCUAAUUAUACCUUUGCCAUUGGCUGUUAGAAUGUGAAAUGGGAAUUAACUAUUUGUCCAACAUGUUGGAAAUAGUUAAGCCUUAGCUGUGUGUGUGUAAUUUUUUAGAAGUUGUGGCUUACAUCUCCCCUCUUUAACUCACAGUAGUGUGCUAAGUCCCACUUCAGUGUGCAUUGGAAUAAAGGUCACAUCUGGUGUUUUGUCAAUAAUAGCUUCUUGGGAAUAGAAGUGGGUUCUGGUCACAGCUGACACCUAAGAGCAGGUGGGUACUGGCAGUUUCAGUGCAUUGGAACAGAAGUUGUCUGAGGCUGUUUCUG